AUGUCGCGAUCCGGGCCGACCAUGGACUACAUUCCCAUGCCGUACAUUGAAGAGACGUCGGCGUCGGGGAGGAGAACGUGGGACAUCUUCUCCAAGCUCCUGCAGGAGCGAAUCGUCUGUCUCAACGGCGAGAUCAACGACUUCAUGUCCGCCUCCAUCGUUGCCCAGCUUCUGUGGCUCGAAUCCGACACUCCCGACAAGCCCAUUACCAUGUACAUAAACUCUCCCGGGGGGUCGGUGACCGCAGGCAUGGCAAUCUACGACACCAUGACGUAUAUUCGAUCCCCUGUGUCCACCGUCUGUGUCGGCGGAGCCGCCUCCAUGGCAGCUAUUCUUCUCGCCGGCGGAGAAGCUGGCAAGAGGCUCGCGUUGCCGCACAGCUCCAUCAUGAUCCACCAACCGCUGGGCGGGACGCGAGGCCAAGCGUCCGAUAUACUCAUUUACGCGAACCAGAUCCAGCGCAUCAGAGACCAGUCGAACCAGAUCAUGCGACACCACCUGAACAAGGCCAAAGGGCCCGAUACGUAUUCCCUGGAAGAGGUCAACGACAUGAUGGAGCGGGACAAGUAUUUGAGCGUAGACGAAGCGCUGGGGCUGGGCGUCAUUGAUGCCAUCUUGACCAAGAGGACGACUGAAGGGCAGCAAGGGAAUGAUGGGAAAGGCGGCAGCUGA